AAAGCAAAUUCACCAUGAGGAAAAAAAGAACAAAUAUUAUAAAAAUGAAGAUUAAUUAAUAUUUUAAUCUUUACAAGUCCUUAUAUAAUGCCCCUGCAAAUUUGUCAUAACCAACAACAUCCCCAGCUACAGAUCUAGCUAGAUAAUUAAGAACAGAGAAAUAAGAAAAUGUGGGGCGGUUCAGCAGUAACAGUAGCUAUGGUGAUUGCAGAGUUCAUAGAAAUGGGAAUUAGUACGGUCAUGAAGGCAGCCAUGAGCAGAGGCAUGAGUCAAUUUGUGUAUAUGUUUUAUUCAAAUGCCUUGGCUCUCUUUAUCCUUAUUCCUUCUUCCUUCAUCUAUUACAGAAAUAGACCUCUGCCUAAAAUCACAGGCUCCAUCAUCUCCAGAAUCUUGUUUCAAGCUAUGCUAAGUUGUGGUCUACAAAUAACAAUGAACACCGGGGUAAAAUAUGGUUCUCCAACUUUAUAUGCGGCCAUGACCGAUCUUACACCAGCUUUCACUUUCUUGAUAGCCGUUAUUUGCAGAAUAGAAAAGCUAGAAUUGAGAUUGCAAAGCAGCCAAGCGAAGUUGAUAGGGACAAUAGUGUCAGUGGGAGGAGCCUUAUUUGUGACAUUGUACAAAGGCCAGCCCAUCGCACUAAGUCUUGGAUUAGAAACAAGCUCACUACAUGGCCCAUUGCUACGCAUCAUCGCAUCAAACUGGGUCUUAGGAGGCAUUUUAUGUGCAGCCAGUGCUAUGAUCUUAGCCCUAUUAUUAGUUGUCCAGACUUGGAUUUUGGAGGACUACCCAGCAGAGUUGAUGGUGACAUGCAUCACUUGCAGCUUUGUUACAAUGUUAUCAGCAAUUGUGGCUGUAAUUGCAGACAACAAUCUCAAUGCUUGGAUACUAAAGCCUGAUAUAGGGUUGAUUGCUAUCUUAUGCUCGGCAAUUUUGGGUGUAACUAUUCGAAGUGUAAUAUGUGCGUGGGCAUGCCGCAAGGAAGGGGCCCUCUUUACUGCCAUGUUUAAGCCACUUGGGAUGAUAAUUGCCAUUAUUUUAGGGGUUUCUUUUCUCGGGGAUUCUCUCUAUUUUGGAAGUGUAAUAGGAGGAAUUAUAAUAUCCCUUGGAUUUUAUACUGUGAUAUGGGGAAAAGCUCAAGAAGAUAAAAUGGAUGAAGAUGAAAAAGAUGAGAACUAUGACUCAUCAUGCUCUCCCAAAGUCCCUCUUUUGAAGAACAAAAAUGAGGAUAAUGUAUAGAAAAUUUUCAAUUAUCAAUUGUCAAAGCCUAUUUUACCAGCUUUGUUAGCAGCCCAUCUCUAUUAAAAUUGGAGCUGUCUUGGAAAAUCCAAGUGCUAGGCCUACUUUUUAUACUUUUGCAUGGCACUUCAGGUCACAUUUGUGAUUUGAGUGAACAAAAAUAGUGAGCUAAGUUCAAUAUGAUGUAGCCCGAAAAGUUAAUUCAGAGGCGAUUUGUAAGAAAGAAAAUUAUAAUCGAUAAUUUCUUCAUAUCAA